AGAUUUGGGUGCCGUGGGGCAGGUGUGGGUCCCGUGGGUGCUGUGGGGCAGGUGUGGGUGCUGUGGGGCAGAUUUGGAUCCUGUGGGGCAGGUGUGGGUGCCAUGGGGCAGAUUUGGGUGCCGUGGGGCAGGUGUGGGUCCCGUGGGUGCUGUGGGGCAGGUGUGGGUCCCGUGGGGCAGGUGAGGGUGCUGUGGGGCAGAUUUGGGUUUCAUAGGGCAGGUGUGGGUCCCGAGGGUCCCGUGGGUGCUGUGGGGCAGGUGAGGGUGCUGUGGGGCAGAUUUGGAUCCCGUGGGGCAGGGAACGUUCCGGAAGAGCUGCGGGACCCCUUCUACACGGACCAGUACGCUCAGGAGCACCUGAAGCCGCCGGUGGAGCGGCUCCUCCUCGCCUCCGACCUUUACUGCCGCGCCUGGUGCCACGCCCUGGCCACGCCCGGCCAGGCCCCGCCCACCUCGGCCGCGCCCAGCAAGGCCCCGCCCCCGGAGCCCCCCCCCGCCGACCUGGGGGCGCUGCUGGGGCUGCUGGCGGGGAGGGGGGUCCCCCCCACCCUCCAGGGGGUCCCAGUGAGGGUCCAGGACCUCCAGCAGAGACCCAUCCGCAUGGUACUGGGGAUACUGGGAGCACUGGGAGCGCUGGGAGUGCUGGGGAGGGAACUGGGAGGGAAUUGAGAGGAUACUGGAGGGAAUGGGGGGGACACUGGGGGGAAUGGGGGGUCCCCCCACCCUCCAGGGGGUCCCAGUGAGGGUCCAGGACCUCCAGCAGAGACCCAUCCGCAUGGUACUGGGGAUACUGGGAGCACUGGGAGCACUGGGGGGGGCACUGGGAGGGAAUUGAGAGGAUACUGGAGGGAAUGGGGGGGACACUGGGGGGAAUGGGGGGUCCCCCCACCCUCCAGGGGGUCCCAGUGAGGGUCCAGGACCUCCAGCAGAGACCCAUCCGCAUGGUACUGGGGAUACUGGGAGCACUGGGAGCACUGG